AUGAUUAACUUGCGUCGCCCGACAUUCAACUUCAGUCACCCUUGCCGAGAUGAAAUUGAUCUGGACUUGGACCUUGACGAGAUCUGGAGGCUAAUAUGCACCAUGUCAGCUGGCCCACCUUACGUUGAGUAUGAUGGCGAGCUGCUUACCGAAGAACCCUUAGAGGCGACAAAUUGCCCUCACUGCCGGUACUACUCCACGGCCAACUGUUUCCUUUAUUCUAAUUCCUCGGCUUCCUGCUUUUUUGAGUGGCCCGGGCCCGAUCCCCUCUCUACUGCGGCAUGCAUUGAUGAGAUUUUUGAUUUGAUGCUGCCCAGGCGGGACCUUCAAAUGGCACAUGUCCUCGAGUUUCGCCUUCUAAGACUGGAUCCAUGUACCGGAGAGACGAUUGCGCAGGAUAUCCUUUUCUUAUCGCGAGUCGAGACCUUCCUGGAGAAUCUUCACCGCUUGCAGGCACAGAUCUUUGACAUACUUCGCCUUACUGCAGUGGGAAUCCGCGUGUCAUCAUUCCGACUGCUGGUGGAACCGCUCGCGAGGACUCUCGCUUUUCACGGUGAGGUAUCUAGCCUGGGCACUGAUCGCGCGAGUGUUCGGAUGCUCUUAGAUCCUGCUCUUUUUGUGCAGAACUUGACUGCAAACUAUCGUUAA